UGGCCAAUGAGGAAGCGCUUUACAGCCAAGGCCGGGUCGGGAGCGAGGCUCCGGCGAGUACACCACUGACAGAGACGCGCGCGCGCUCGCGCUCGCGAGCCAGCUCGGACCCGGGCAGCCGCCGCCGCCGCCAUCACCGCUGCCCGUCCAGUCGCCCCUCAGCCGCUUCCCCUCGUCAUGGAGGCGAGGCCGCCGCCGCCGCCGCGAAGCUCCGAGCCGCGGGCCGGGCGGCGGCCCUGAGAGCGUGUGGCGGGCCGAGACACCGCCGCGGAACCGAGGCGGAGCCGCGUCCUCGUCCCCAGCGGUCCCGCCCAAAGCCGGACUCGGUCAGCAUGGAUUCCUGGCUCAUUCUUGUUCUACUGGGCAGUACUGUGAUACACGUAGGUGCCAACAAUACUACCACAGUUUCACCUUCAGUAAGCGUUACAAGAUCUAUUAAAACAUCGACAGCAGAGUCAGUUAAAGAAGAGACCAAAACUUCAAAUCCUACUUCUUCAGUAACUUCCCUUUCUGUGACAUCAACAUUUAGCCCAAACCUAACUCUGGGAGCCACCUAUGUAACCACUGUCAAUUCUUCAGACUCUGACAGUAGGACCACAAGAACAGCAAGCACUGAUUCUGUAGUCACUACAAUUUCACCAAAUGGAACGGGGCUUCCAGAUAACAGAACAAAACCUUGGGAGGGGAAUUCCAGCACUGCAGUGACCACUCCAGAAACUUUCCCUCCUUCAGGUAAUUCUGACUCGAAGGACAGAAGAGAUGAGACGCCAAUUAUUGCUGUGAUGGUGGCCCUGUCCUCUCUGCUAGUGAUUGUGUUUAUCAUCAUAGUUCUGUACAUGUUAAGGUUUAAGAAAUACAAGCAAGCUGGGAGCCAUUCUAAUUCUUUCCGCUUAUCAAAUGGCCGCACUGAGGAUGUGGAACCCCAGAGUGUGCCACUCCUGGCCAGGUCUCCAAGCACCAACAGGAAGUAUCCGCCCCUCCCCGUGGACAAGCUGGAAGAGGAGAUUAACCGGAGAAUGGCUGAUGAUAAUAAGCUCUUCAGAGAGGAAUUCAACGCUCUCCCUGCUUGCCCUAUCCAGGCUACCUGUGAAGCUGCCUCCAAGGAGGAAAACAAGGAAAAAAAUCGAUAUGUAAACAUCUUGCCUUAUGACCACUCUAGAGUCCAUCUGACACCAAUUGAAGGAGUUCCAGAUUCUGAUUACAUCAAUGCUUCAUUCAUCAAUGGCUACCAAGAAAAGAACAAAUUCAUUGCUGCACAAGGACCAAAAGAAGAAACAGUGAAUGAUUUCUGGAGGAUGAUCUGGGAACAAAACACAGCCACCAUCGUCAUGGUGACCAACCUGAAGGAGAGAAAGGAGUGUAAGUGUGCCCAGUACUGGCCAGACCAAGGCUGCUGGACCUAUGGGAACAUUCGUGUAUCUGUAGAAGACGUGACCGUCCUAGUGGACUACACAGUGCGGAAGUUCUGCAUCCAGCAGGUGGGCGAUGUGACCAACAGAAAGCCACAGCGCCUCAUCACUCAGUUCCACUUUACCAGCUGGCCAGACUUUGGAGUGCCUUUCACCCCAAUCGGCAUGCUCAAGUUCCUCAAGAAGGUGAAGGCCUGUAACCCUCAGUAUGCAGGGGCCAUCGUGGUCCACUGCAGUGCGGGCGUAGGGCGCACAGGCACCUUUGUCGUCAUUGAUGCCAUGCUGGACAUGAUGCAUACGGAGCGGAAGGUGGAUGUGUAUGGCUUUGUGAGCCGGAUCCGGGCACAGCGCUGCCAGAUGGUGCAAACAGACAUGCAGUACGUCUUCAUAUACCAAGCCCUUCUGGAGCAUUAUCUCUAUGGAGAUACAGAACUAGAAGUAACCUCUCUAGAAACACACUUGCAAAAAAUUUACAACAAAAUCCCAGGGACCAGCAAUAAUGGAUUAGAGGAGGAGUUUAAGAAAUUAACAUCAAUCAAAAUCCAGAAUGACAAGAUGCGGACUGGAAACCUUCCAGCCAACAUGAAGAAGAACCGGGUUUUACAGAUCAUUCCAUAUGAAUUCAACAGAGUGAUCAUUCCAGUUAAGAGGGGGGAGGAGAACACAGACUACGUGAAUGCAUCCUUCAUUGAUGGCUAUCGGCAGAAGGACUCCUACAUCGCCAGCCAGGGCCCUCUUCUGCACACAAUUGAGGACUUCUGGCGAAUGAUCUGGGAGUGGAAAUCCUGCUCUAUUGUGAUGCUAACAGAACUGGAGGAAAGAGGCCAGGAGAAGUGUGCCCAGUACUGGCCCUCCGAUGGACUGGUGUCCUAUGGAGACAUCACAGUGGAGCUGAAGAAGGAGGAGGAAUGUGAGAGCUACACCGUCAGAGACCUUCUGGUCACCAACACCAGGGAGAACAAGAGCCGGCAGAUCCGGCAGUUCCACUUCCAUGGCUGGCCUGAAGUGGGCAUCCCCAGUGACGGGAAGGGCAUGAUCAGCAUCAUCGCAGCCGUGCAGAAACAGCAGCAGCAGUCGGGGAACCACCCCAUCACUGUGCACUGCAGCGCAGGGGCAGGACGGACGGGGACCUUCUGUGCCCUAAGCACAGUCCUGGAACGGGUGAAAGCAGAGGGCAUUUUGGAUGUCUUCCAGACCGUUAAAAGCCUGCGGCUACAGAGGCCACACAUGGUCCAGACACUGGAACAGUAUGAGUUCUGCUACAAGGUGGUGCAGGAAUAUAUUGACGCAUUCUCAGAUUAUGCCAACUUCAAGUAAGAGGCGAUGAGAUCCCUUUGGACAGGAAAAUUGCCUUUAAUAUUUUGUAAUAUUCCGUUUUGUUAAUAUACCCAAAACUGUGUAUAUAUCUUAUAACUGUUUUAGAAAUUGGUACAUAGGCUUCUAUUACCUAAUAGGUGGAGAUUUUAUAUGUAAAUGUGUUAGCACUGAUAAUCCAUUUUCCAAUGUUCAAUUGGGGAAUUAAAUAGUGUGAUGUUUGGAUUGAUAACCGUGAAAUCCUCUGCCUGGAUAUUGGGCUGUACUGUGCUUUGGUUUAUACAUCUUUUCCUAAAAGAAGAAACACAAAACCCAUUCCAGGAAGUUCAGCAUCAACUAAGAAAAAAGCACAAAGGCCUCGGAGCUCUUGAAGAAAUGGGUUGUCCCAAAACUUCCCACCUGUCAGGCUACUUUUCCCUCCCUGUUCUGUAAAUAACCCCUCCCAUCUCCACCCUGCCCCCUUCUCCUACCACCCACAUUCCCCUGUGGGGAGUAAAGGGACUAGAGCGCCAUCUGGCACCACACUUGGGAUUAUCAGGUAAUAAAAGCUUGGACUCCCUGAGGAAAAGUCUCUCCCUUUGUCUGCGGUGGGGCAGCCAUCCCAGGGCUAAGGCUCUCCUAGGCCUCCCCUGGCCCUGCUGUUAGUAUUCUGUCUCUACUGGCCAGAGACCACAGACCUCCCAACAACUCCUUUCCUGCAAACACAGCCCCUCCAGCCCUUGGCUGGUUGCCAGGACCCGCCUUUUGCUCCCAGCACAUCUUUGGUCAGUGUCCCAACAGCCUUCCUGUCUGAGGAGAUGGCCAGGUUCUUUGCUGCUCCCCGAAUUCAGGGACAUGGAGGAGAAAGGAGGUGGCAAGCUUGCCAGCUAAGGCCAGUCUGACCCAUCUGGUGCUUUGCUACAAAACUAUCUGGAUUGUGUCAUUCUUUAUAUCCGCAUUCACUGUGUUAAAUAGCUUCCUUUUCCUUUCACAUCUGUCCUCAUAUCCAGGACUCAUGAGAAGUGCCUCAGAUUCAGAGGUGAGGAUGGUGGGAGUCUUAGAUACCAACUUGAUUUCUAGUCUGACAUAUUAGACAAGUGUCUAACUUUAAUGUCUUAGAUAAGGUAGAUGUUCAUUUAUUUCUCAUGUAAGUCUUCCCAGUCCAGAGACCCAGUAUCCUCCUAUCUUGUGGUUCCAGUGUCCUUUAGGAUGUUACUCUUGGUCUCAUAGUUGAAGCCAGAUCACUGUCUUUUCUCAUGGAGAAACAAAAAGAGCAUGGAGAGCAAGCAACUUCAUUUUUAAGGACAUGAAGCAAAAGUUGCACUUUUCAUUUUCACUUACAUCUCCUUGGCUAAAGCCUAGUUAUAAGGCUACCCGUAGCUACAAAGGGUUCUAGGUAAUGUAGUCUUUGGUGGGAGGCACAGCUGGAGGGGGGGUCUGUCCACUGUCUCCUGUUCUCAUGAGCAGCUCAUCAUGAGAACAAGAAAGUAAACUGGUGGCUGUGGCUGUCAGUGCAGGGUUGAGAGAGGCUUGUGGCCCAUGGGGCCUUCCUAGAGGAGCAGGGAUAGGCCCUGGGCUCCUCAGGCAUGAGAGUGACACCCCAGCCUGGGCCAUGGAGGCACACUCAGAAGUCUCUGGUGCUUUGCUUCUUGGAGGAGGUGGACUUGAACUGGACCCAAGCAAUGCUGGAAGUGUAGGUGAAUGCAAGGAGGAAAGGCCACUUGGAGCCACACUACACAGGGCCUUGAAGGCCGGGCAACCAGGCACAGUGGCUCCAAGGUGAGAGCCAAGUUCUGCACCACAUAUUCAGGAUGUCUGUGGAGGUGGGGGUGCCACAACCACCUCUGGAAGCUGGCAAGAGGUGAGAAUAAGAGGUAACUUGGUCCUUUGUAGGAACUGGAAACUCCAAAGGGCAAUACAUUCAAAAUUCAGUAGUUUUUAAAAGAAGCAGGGAUAAAUUAAGCAAAGACAGAAUCUGGAAGGUUGAUGAUGAGGGGUGCCAAGUUUGGGAAGGAGACCCUGGCACCUUACAGCCUACCUUUUGGUGCCUCUGUGUGACCAUGUCCAGGCAGAUGGAGGAGGGCAGGCCUUGGAUCAGCAAGCUUCAUAGCGAAUGUGCGGGAGAGCCCAUCACAGGUCCUGUGCUGCCUCCGCACUGCCCAGCCAGCUACCCACCUCCUGGUGUCAGAGCUCAUAUUGAGCAGCUGCACACCAAUGUGGCCUGGCAGCUUUCUGCUGGGGUCCAGGCUGAUUUGGUCAGUGGCUGGGCCAGUAAUGAAUAUCACAUUGCCAAACAGACGUCUUCAAGGGUCACAUGGUUCAAGAGACAAAUCUGACAGGAACUAGUCUAGGCUAAAAGAGAAGUAUGUUGGGGCUCACAUGGCACGAUUGUGUGGGCAAGGCAGGGGUGACUGCCUCAUUCAGUGCCCACCCCUCUACCAGCCAGCCGUGUCCAUGGGGUUAGAGCAGGGGCAAGGAUUUCUUAGAAGGGGAAAAGUGGUGUCAGCAGCCACCGCACACCCCUAUCUCUGGGGCCUAUGCCCUCUCAAGAGACCUCACUUCAUGACAGCGGCUCCCUCUAGGUUUUCUGUUUGAUUCAUCACACACACACACAUAUACACACACUGCCAAGCAAGUUUUUUCAUCAAAAAAAAAUUUCCCCCAGGCCUAAGUUCUUCCCCCUUUUAUGGCAGAUAUUUUGAAAAGGUCUGUACUUACUCUCCCCUCUCCCCCACUUCGUUCCCCCACAUUCCUUUUGUACAUGUACUCUCACCUCCAUGCUGAGCCCCAGGCAUCCACUGUCUGUCCACUAGCUGCCCCCUUGAUGUUAGUGACUCCCUUCUGACUUUAGUCCUCACUCUGAGCUGCUCCUCCACAAUCUCCUUUCUCCAUCCUCAGACGCAGGUGUUCCUGCAGUCUGUACGUUGUGGACCAUCAUCCCUUCUCCAGUCCCGAGCCCCCAUCAUGUCUGCUACCUAGUGACUCCACCAGGGUGGCCCAGACUUGUUCCACACCCCCAGUGCCUAGGAGCUCACCCAGUCUCUACAGAGCCCUCCAGCAUUCUCUGCUGGCCUUCCCUUCUCCCCCACCCAACCCCACCACACUCUGGCCACAGGCCAGUUAGCAGCCCUCAGCUUAAUCCUCCGUUUUGUUCCUUGCACUGGAGCACCCACUGCUGCUGUGUUUCCACAACUCUAAACCACCCAGUCCAGGGUUUGCCUCUCUGUGCUCAGCACCACGUGAGCACUCAGCUCUAAAGCUCUGCUUUCCCAACGGACUACAGGCCGCUCCCAGACUGGAAGAAUAUAUCCUCAAGGCCGAACUUAAAGGACAAAUGGCUUUCUGUGCCCUGAGAGAGAGAGAAGGAUGAAUUCCAGAGUUCGUAGUCUGAAAGAGGACAGCAAGUAGUGCUGAAAAGCUAAGACUGUUGCCAGAAAGAAAGGGAGUCAGAACUUCCUCUGAAAAACUUAGUUUUUCUGGUUUGGAUUUUUUUUGCGGAAAAACCCAAGCAAAUCACAGAAAAAAUAAAGGCAUCCCGUUCUUCUUCUAAAAUAAACACAAAGGACUUCAAAUAAAACACUUUGUAAACCCCAAA